CUUUUUGAUUUUUUUGAGAUAAAUUUUGCUAGCUACUGCUUACAGCUGCGAAACACAUAAAAAGUCAGCUAGGCCCUCCGUUCCAACUACGUUACUUUAUCUUUAUAAAAUGAGCGAUCCCAACAGUUCUACUGCUUUCGAUGACAAUAACAAUGACGAUUACGUGCCGUAUGUUCCCAUUAAGCAACGUCGACUAGAAAAGUUGCACAAGUAUGCAAAACAGCGACGAGUCGUCGAGCCGUCGCCGAAAGAGGAUGUUGAAGAAGAAUCAAGUACACCGGGUGGUCGUCCCAACAUUAGUUUGCUUGAUCAGGCAGUAGAAAAUCGAAAAAAGAAUCUGAUUCCAGAAAAAACGGAAGAGGAGAAACGGCUGGAAGAAGAAAAAAGAAUUGAAGAAGCACAGGCACGACAUAAAGCUUUGGUGUCUGUGCAAGAAGCAGCAGCAGGUGUGCACUAUACAGAGCCCAUGAAAACAAGCUGGCAACCACCUGGCUACAUACGCGAGCAAUCAGAAUCGGAUCAUGAGACUGUUAGAAAGAAAUACCAUAUUAUUGUCGAGGGACAAAAUCCAGUGCCACCUAUCAAUAAUUUCAGAGAUAUGAAAUUCCCGCAACCCAUUUUGGACUAUCUCAAAGACAAAAAGAUCAUGAAACCAACUCCUAUUCAAAUCCAGGGUCUGCCUGUGGCGUUAUCUGGUCGUGAUAUGAUCGGCAUCGCUUUUACGGGCUCAGGCAAAACACUUGCUUUCUCGUUACCAUUGCUGAUGCAAGCGCUGGAAGCCGAGGUACGAUUACCCCUUGUCCGUGGAGAGGGUCCUAUCGGAAUGAUCAUCUGUCCAUCGCGAGAGCUGGCCCGGCAGACGUAUGAAAGCCUGUGUCAGAUGGCGGAAUGCUUAGAGAAGAGUGGCUUCCCCACCUUAAGGUCCUUGCUUUGUAUUGGCGGUAUUGAUAUGCGUGACCAGGGCGAUGUUUUGAAUAGGGGAAUCCACAUGGUGAUCGCAACGCCAGGUCGACUGAUGGAUAUGCUGACUAAAAAGAAAUUCAACCUGGAUAUUUGUAAAUACCUGUGCAUGGACGAAGCCGAUAGAAUGAUCGACAUGGGCUUCGAAGAAGACGUUCGAACGAUUAUGUCCUAUUUCCAGAGUCAGCGACAGACAUUGUUGUUCUCUGCUACCAUGCCGAAAAAGAUCCAAGACUUUGCACUGUCAGCUUUGGUCCAGCCUUUGGUGGUCAACGUGGGUCGUGCUGGUGCUGCCAAUUUGGACGUCAUUCAGGAAGUGGAGUAUGUGAAGCAAGAAGCUAAAAUGGUGUAUCUCCUCGAGUGCCUACAGAAAACGCCGCCUCCGGUUCUAGUGUUUGCGGAGAAUAAGAAUGACGUUGACGACAUCCACGAGUAUCUGCUGCUGAAAGGCGUAGAGGCAGUAGCUAUCCAUGGUGGCAAAUCGCAAGAUGAGCGUGAGUUUGCGAUCCGAUCUUUCAAGUCCUUCAAGAAGGAUGUACUUGUUGCUACAGACGUUGCGUCGAAAGGUUUGGAUUUUGCAGAGAUCCAGCAUGUGAUCAACUAUGACAUGCCGAAGGAGAUCGAAGACUACGUGCAUCGGAUUGGUCGCACGGGUCGUAGUGGCAAGACGGGUAUCGCGACAACCUUCAUCAAUCAACAUUGCUCUGAGCAGAUCCGGUUGGAUUUGAAGCACCUGCUGCGCGAAGCCAAGCAACGCGUUCCUCCAUUCCUUGCGGCCAUGGAAGAUCCAUCAGAGAAAUACGGUCUAAGUGGAGGCUGUACGUUCUGUGGUGGUUUGGGCCAUCGUAUCAACGAGUGUCCCAAGUUGGAGCAGCAGCGACGACAGCAGAUGGGAGGCAUCAUGAGUGGACGCAAUGACAGCGGACGGAACGACUUUUAGAAGGGGUUGUCCAUUCUAAACGAAAGCAGCAGCAG